AUGUUUAAUCCUACCAUUGAAAAAAAGCUUGCUUUUGAGGACUUUCUCAAACAGCUAAACUACAGUGAUACCACCUUUAUCGAUGGUGAUAAUGAACGCCUAUCGUUUGAUACGGAGGAUUUGCGUGGAUUCUACAAUAGUAUUCAGGAGAAUGAAAUGAAGGUUCCGAGCAUGUGGGUUGAUGGCUAUGAUAAGUUUCUGUUGUUUAAAAAACACAUAGAUACCUUAGAAAAGAACUGUCCAAUCAACCAGAGUCAAUCCACGGCUGCUCUGGCUAAUGCAACGAAAGACGGACUUGAGAUAUGCAACGAGUGUGUCAUUGCUUGCUACAGACAGUUAUUUAGGGAUGGGUUCAAGUCAUUUACCUUUUUAGCACCUGAGUUAUUUUUCAAGAUUUCGUUGAUAUUGGAUUGCAAGACAGAGUUUGGAUAUUACGUAGAUUUUCAUAAAAAAGAUAUUUCAAGAUUCCUAGAAUCUUCCAAACUUUAUCUCGAGAAUUUUCCAGCCAGUCAGUUAUUUGUUAAUACUGUGCUUGACGCGCUAGAAAAAACCGAAAAACCAAAGACUUCAGUUUUGCCUGACAUUAAGUCUAUGUUCAGCAAGGCUCCAUCACAGAAAUUAAAGAAAAACCAAUUUCUGCACUUUCUCAAUUCAUGUUGUCCGUCAAUAGCUGCCUGGAUAUUCAAUUUGCCAGCAAAGAGAUUUGUAGCAAAAAUUGUAUGCUAUUAG